AUGGACCCUUCUGUUAUCGAAAAUUUUUGCAGUAUUACUGGGACGUCUGAAAUAGAAGCUAGACAUUUUCUGGAAGCUUUCGAUUGGAAUUGUGACGAGGCAGUCAAGGCGUAUUUUGAUUCAGAGGAUGCUAUUCAUUCAAGCGAUGGUUCUCAUUUUGACCAAGCUAUUCAACCACCGAGUAAGAGCAACAAUGAGCCUUCACUUUCCACAUUUAAUAAACCACCAUACAGCAAGCCCAAAAUAGCAACUCUGAGUACAUUGGAAAAUGACAGUGAUGAUGAAUCUGAUAAGGGACAGGCAUUCUACGUUGGCGGUUCAGAGACUGGAGGUGGUGGUCAACAAGUCCUUGGUCCUCCAAGACGUGGUGAUAAUGAAAAAAUUCAUAACCCUUCCCAAACUCCUGACGUUUUCAUCCGUAAUCUUUUUCAAGCUGCUAAAGGUAAAGGAGCAGAAGUAUUGGAUACACACGAAUACAAUGAAUACAAAAGUAAAUCGAAAAAGCAAUUGCCUUUUAGUGGAACUGGCUACAAGCUCGGUGAUGAUCUUAAUGCUCCUCCCCAGGUCGAGGCAACUACUGCGAGCGGUUCCAGCACAAACAAUGUCUCUGAAAAAAACGUUGUUGUAAAAAUGUGGCGUGAUGGUUUUAGUUUAGACAGUGGGCCGUUACGUUCAUAUACUGAUCCAGAUGCUUCUAAUUUUUUGAAUGCAAUACAGAAUGGUCAAAUCCCUGAAGAACUUUUAAAAUCUGCUGGUGGAAGUAUGGUUAAUGUUAUGCUCGAAGAUCAUCACCAUGAAGAGUGGAAGGCUCCUUCUGCUCCUAAGAUCAAACCUUUUUCUGGCGUAGGACAUAUGCUUGGUUCUCCGCUUCCUCACAUAGUCUCAAAUGCUCCAACUAAAGUCAAUGUCAAUGAAAAGCAUGAACCCGGUGUUACAGUAGACGAUACCAAACCGGUAACACAAAUUCAGAUCCGACUACCUGAUGGAUCGAGAUUUGUGGUCCGUCUAAACAAUUUUCAUACGAUUGGUGAUAUUAGGAGAGCAAUAGUCAGUGAAAGACCUGAUUUGGCUUCCAGAUUAUUUGCAUUGAUGACAUCAUAUCCAACUCGUGUGUUAAAUGAAGAUGCACAAACACUAGAAGAUGGCGAUCUUUUGAAUUCAUCACUAAUAGUUCGAUUUAUAUAA